AGGCACUGCUGCCUGACCCAUAGCCUACUCCUAUUCCAUUGUAGCAUACAGGAGGUCCAAAUCAAAUUUUGCGCUCAAGUUUUCUUCUCUAGUUUAUCAUGCAAAUGCUCAUCAUGAAAUUUUAAUUUAGCAGAUUUUUUUUCACGGGGUAAUGCUGCCCAAAAGAUGCCCCUUCCUCACUCUUAAUAUUGAACCACCAAAUGCUCUUAUAUUUACACAAGUGUACACUCAAUAAUGAUUCUGCUCUCAGAAUAGUCACUAACUCUAACCAAACGUUUGAUCUGUUAGCGUAGAUUAUGCCAUACAAUAGCCAACUGUUAUUAUAUUCUCGUUAUGCACAUGGCAUGUAUCUGCCACGCCUCCUUGACCAUAAACAUCCUGUAGAUUCAAACCCCCUUUUCGGCGGGCGUAAAGAGAGAAAGCGGACGGCGCCAUUUUGUUUGUUUUAGUGAAUCAGUGGGAGGAGGGGUGGUGGAAAACCACGUUAAGGCCGCCUGGAAGGGUUUGGUGUGCCCCACCCCUACCCCCGGGUUUGAGGUGCUAGGACAAUGUUCUACGCCCACUUUGUGCUCAGCAAGCGAGGGCCGCUUGCCAAAAUUUGGCUGGCGGCCCACUGGGAUAAAAAGCUGACCAAGGCCCAUGUGUUUGAAUGCAACCUGGAGAGCAGUGUAGAGAGCAUCAUUUCUCCCAAGAUGAAGAUGGCUUUACGGACAUCUGGUCACUUACUCCUGGGUGUAGUGAGGAUCUACCACAGAAAGGCCAAGUAUCUUCUGGCAGAUUGUAAUGAGGCUUUCAUCAAGAUCAAGAUGGCGUUUCGGCCAGGUGUGGUGGACUUACCAGAGGAGAACCGUGAAGCUGCUUACAAUGCCAUCACCUUACCAGAGGAGUUCCAUGACUUUGACCAGCCGCUGCCAGACCUGGAUGACAUAGACGUGGCCAAACAGUUCAGCCUGAAUCAGAGUCGCGUGGAAGAGAUCACCAUGAGAGAGGAGGUCGGCAACCUCAACCUACUGCAGGAGAAUGACUUUGCUGACUUUGGGAUGGAUGACCGUGAAAUGAUGAGAGAAGCGAGCGCCUUUGAAGAUGACAUCAUCCACGGAGCGUCAGUCUCCAACCUGCUCCUGGAGCCGGAGUCAAGUGGUGGGCAGAUAACUGACAAGUCCAACGACCUGGAGUUCGAUCAGUACAAGGAUGACUUCGGUGACAAUCCCAUGGAGAGCACUGAAGGAGGCAUGCUGGUCGACAAGCUCCUGAGCAACGAGGAUGGUGGUGGCAUCUUCGACGACCCUCCAGCGAUCGCAGAGAGUGUGAUGAUGCCAGCAGGAGAGCCCGGUGGGGACGAUGAGGACGACUAUGACAACCUGUCGGCUGGAGGCCCAGAUAGCCCCGACUCUGGCCCUGUGGGGCAGCUGCCCACCAUGACUGACCAGACAGAGCAGACCACGCUGGUGCACAACGAGGAGGAGGCCUUCGCCCUGGAGCCCAUCGACAUCACAGUGAAGGAGACCAAGGCCAAGCGUAAGAGGAAGCUGAUCGUUGACAGCGUAAAAGAGUUGGACAGCAAGACCAUCCGCGCCCAACUCAGCGACUAUUCUGACAUCGUCACCACGCUGGACCUGGCACCCCCUACCAAGAAGCUGAUGAAUUGGAAGGAGACCGGUGGCGUGGAGAAGCUCUUCUCUCUCCCUGCUCAGCCUCUGUGGAACGGCAGACUCCUCAAGAUGUUUACACGCUGCCUCACCCCAUUGAUGCCAGAUGAGCUGAGGAAGAGGAGGAAAGGUGGCGAGGCCGACAGCCUGGAUGAGUUCCUCAAGAACCUGGAGAACCCGGAGGUUCCCAGAGAAGAGGCCAUGGGCCAGCAGAGGGACAUCAUCGACCAGACCAUCCUGGAGGAGCCUAGUGUCCUGCAGACAUCGGCCAUGGAGGGCAGCAGAACCGCCCUGGAUGAGUCCCUGAUGCCCCCUCCAUCCUCACAUCGGGGCCAGAAGCGCAAGGCCCAGGAGGUCCAGGACAAUAUGUCUAUCAUUGAUGACGACCGGGCCUCCAUCUUGUCCACGCGGACUCAGGUCCAGCCAGUGGAGAUUGCCCCAGAGGAGACAGUCAGCCUCAGUCAGCUCAUCCCAGAGCUGGACCUGCUAGGUGAGAAGACCAAGGACAAGAAGGAUGGUGAUGAAGAGGAAGAGGAGGAGGAAGGUCAGGGUGGAGACCAGGAUCAAGAGGAGAGGAGGUGGAACAAGAGAACACAGCAGAUGUUGCAUGGCCUUCAGAGGGUGUUGGCCAAAACAGGAGCCGAGUCCAUCAGCUUGCUGGAGCUUUGCAGGAGCAACAACAAGAAGCAGGCGGCAGCCAAGUUCUACAGCUUCCUGGUGCUGAAGAAACAGCAGGCCGUGGAGCUCUCCCAGGCCGAGCCGUACAGCGACAUCAUCGCCACACCUGGCCCGCGAUUCCACAUCGUUUAGAUGUCUGGACCCUAGAAGCCCAUCACACCCCCGUUUUCCUCCGCCACGCUUUGAUCACCUCUACCGUGAACUGUUACUGUUCAGUUACUGUUCAGGAUUAAAAAAAAAAUCUGUUUGUAUAUGAAGUGCCCAUGUUGUCCAUGUGCUUUGUUUUUAAAGCAUGGAGUUGUGAACUCUUAUGUUUUUGGUCUUAAUGCUGGAUUGGGAUUUUUUUAUCAUGAAACAAUGUUUAAAAAAGGCUUUUACUCCACUGGUGUCUACGACAAGCAUGCAGUAUAAGCCCCAGGUUUUUUUUAACUGAUGUUUAAAAAAAGGUUAGGUUUUUUUUUUUUUCGCUCUCACCAGCAUUUGUUGUACAGACUGACUUAUGGCUCAAAUUCCACAGGAAUUGCAUACCGUAAAAUCAGCAUUGGCAAAAUGCUUUAGAUUGUGUUUGACAGUAUAGAGGUUUGCUCAGCCUUGAACUUUUCAAGUCUUUUAAAAACCAUUGAUUGUUGAACAUCAAAUCUUUUCAUGUUGCAUGCGACAAGACAAAAGGUAUUGUUUUUCAUAAAAAUUGAUACCGUACCUUAAUAGUGUUACAUGGACAGUUGUGAGUCACUAAUUGUAUUGAUUUUAUAUAACGGUGCACAAUGUAGUUGUGUCUAAACAAAAAUGCCUCCAGUGUUACAAUAAUGUAAUAAGACUGGCAUGACAAUGUUAAUGAUCAUCAAUACCCCUUUGCAUUCUAUUAUUGGUUUAUUGUUUACAUUGUACUAAAUGUACAGGGCAGCUCAAACAUAAUAGCCUACAUAAAGUGCAUGGGAACACGAAUAUUUGUUGCCUUUAUAGUGUUCUUGUACAGUUGCAUUGCUACUGAAGCCCCUGCAUAUUGCACCUUUAACCUAAUGCACUAGUAGCACAUUCAGUGGUGCAUGUCACACUGCAAAAUGUAUGUAGCAUUCAGAGUUUGUGUUUGGAACACACAUUCUUGUUUAGAGAUGUAGGGACAUAAAGAAUUAUAUUGGUAUAUUGUUAAGGCCGGCAAAGCACAACUACAGAUCUACAAAUCAGUCAUUUAAGGGUAUUAAUUGGACUGACUUUGUUUUCCACCCAGUUUCAUAUAACCUGAGGGCAUUUCUGUUCAGCGGAUAGAUCUUCUCCCCAGUCAGCACAUAUUUAGUAUUGUUCAUUCAUGGUGCUAUUUGGUUCUUCUCUUCUGGUUUAGUCU